AUGAGGACAAAACAGAGUCGACAUGUGUGCGUUCUUCUACCCAACAAGCAGCACCUGGAUUGUGCUGUCACGGUAAAAGCCAGAGGCCAUGAGGUGUUGAACAGUGUGUUGAAGCAUCUUGGUGUCAGUGAUCUCCAAGUAUUUGGUCUGGCUGUUCUGAAAGAUAAUGAUUAUCUAUUUCUUGAUUUGGAAGAAAAGCUGAGCCAAUACUUUGGAAAAAGGUGGAAGAGAGGAUCUUUAAUGGUGCCAUUCAUCUUAUUUCUAAGAGUCCAGUAUUACGUAGAGAGUGGGCUGCUAAUAUUGAGCAGCAAAGUGCAGCAGCUCUACUACACUGAGCUGAGGCAGAAGGUGCUGCAUUCGCAGAGCCACCAUCAGGAGGCUUUGUUCUUCCAGCUGGCUGCUUCUGCCCUCCAAGCUGACAUUGGUGAUCUGGCACAAAGAGAGGGAAGUGAGGAAGAUGGAGAAGAGAAGAAACAGGAGAGAAAAUAUAGAUGCUACUUUCUCCCUGAAGAUUACUUUCCCACAUGGCUUAUAAAGCGCAGAGGGAGAGACUACUUGCUCCAACACUGUCCAGUGUUGCAUGGUGAGCUUAGGGGGGUGUCCCGCAAGCAAGCCAUCCUGCACUUUAUAAAGGAGGCCAACAGGCUUCAGGAUGGACCAGUCACAUUCUACAGGAUGAGAGAGGAGAAAAAACAGCUAAGAAGUUUAAUCCUUCUUGGUGUGACAGUGAAAGGAGUCCAUAUUUAUCAAGAGGUGGAAGGGACGCAAUCUUUAUUGUAUGAUUUUUCCUGGACGGGUAUUGAUCGCUUCACCUUUCAGGGCAGCACGUUUGAAAUCACUGUUGUGGGCUCCCUGUGCCUCCCUAAGCUGGUUUAUUACACUAAAUCAGCUUUCCACUCAAAACACAUCCUGAGGCACCUCAGUGACAGUCACCAGCUCCACAUGAACAUCAGAGAUGCAGUCAGCUACAUCCAACAACUGGAAAGCAUGGAGGUCAAAGAGGCCUACAUCUGUGACACAGCAUGCCUAAGAAAGAGUCUCCAAUGCAGCAACCUCACAUCUUCCAUGUCUGACAGCAGUGAUGCACUGGAAACAGCUACUGCCUGGUUUAAAGAGGAAAGGGAGGAGGAUGAAGGCUCUACAUCAGAGUCUGAGCUGUGGUUGUACGAAUCAGAGGAGGUUCUUGUUGAUGAUCCAGCUGAGGUGUCCUGGCUGGCUGAGCUGCUCCAUGGCGUGUCUGUCGAUGGACCUUUGGUGUCGCCCUCUUUUUACUGGUCAGCUGUCACCAUGGAAAUGAAACAGGUUCUGUGGAGAAAAGCUGAUGAAGGGGUGUCUGUGGACUGAUUGAUAGUAAGAGGAUGGAGGGAUUUGUUACCUGUUCUUCAGCUCGGGAUAAGGAGACACCUGAUAGAGUUAACUGUUAUCAAACUAAAAUGCUG